AAACACUAAUUGAACCUCAAACAAAACCGCUGUCGUCAACUGUGAGGAAACCUUAGAGAAAUCGCUUUCGUAAUCACUUUGUCCAAAACGCCUAACUUUGAUCUUCAUCUUCCUCGAAAUGUCAGACAUAUGGUUUACGAUUGAUAUCGCUAAUACAAAUAAUAUAGAUAGUUUUUAUUUAGGCUUUUAUAAUUUAGUUGAAAUGCAUUGAGAAAUAAGGCAAUAUUUUGUUUGUUGGAAUAAAUGGAUUUUGUGGCAUAUACUAUUUAACUAAAAGUAUAGGUUUAAAUCAAAUCAGUGGCAGGGUUAUGUAAUUACUUUGAAAAUAAGAGGGCACCUCAAAAAAUGACCUUCUCUUUUAAAAGUAUUGAUGAUAAGAUUUUCAAGUUAUUUAGAUUAUACGCAAAUAGUUAAGGAAAUCCUUCAUAAUAAUCAGAAAACAAAACUUGCGAUCUUGUAUGAAAACAAAACUUGCAAUCUUUUAUGUAGUAAUACAUAUGAUAAGAGUCAACCACAAAGUUGGUAUUUUCGUUUUCAAUUUCAGUAAUAUAUCUGUACUUGAAUUGACCAGAGUUUAUAGUUUUCCAUACUAUUAACUUUGAAUUAAUUAAUUUUUUUGUCUACAUUAUGAAUUAAAUUGCAAAAAGACAACUAAAAGUUAUUAAGUUUUGCCAUAUUUAUAUCAUAUACCAUUGGUGUAAUUAAGCACCCAGAUUUCAGAUUUCAGAUUUCAAGAUAAGGUCUAGGAAAUUACCGCCUCUCUUUCUCUCGGAGGAGCUCACCUUUAUUCUUGUUGCCGCAUCGUAGGUUUGUUUCAUCUCUCUAAGAAUCAUAUCAUCUGUAAACAAUUUUAUCUUCUGUAGUAUGUGACUAAACAACAUUUUAUAUUGAAAUUACGGCUCUAGAAUAUUUAUUUUUUGUUUGAUUCAAAUAUUCGAAACAAAAAUCCUUUCCUGGAAAAUAGUGAUAUAAAGUCUUUUAAAUCGUUGAAGAAAGAUUUUCUGAUUUCCUGCAUCUGCAAAAUCGUCUUGAGUUAGACGUGUGUAUGAGUGUAUCUAUACAACUUAUGUGUUAACGCAGAUUACAUCUCGAUACAUAAUUUGUUUUAACAUGGUCGUUUUUUACUGAUGCAGAACUUGCUAGGGAAAAAGAAAGCGAAGAUGAACAUUUCAGAAACAAAAGUUAAAACAGAAGUUGAUUCUUCUUCAUCAGACCAUCCUUGUCCUUUGGCUCUUGUCACGGCUUCGAAUGUACGCAAAGAUACUCAGUGUCUUCGACAAGAUUUAUGCCCCACAGUAUCUAUCCAUGAUGGUACACAAGGUGAUAAUAACAAGAAGAAGCGUCGGGGACGUCCUCCAACUUCCCCAAGCCAAAAACAAUUUAUGAAGUUAAAACUUGCACAUGACAGCCUCAUAAAAUAUAGACAGUAUCUUUCAGUGCCAUUUAUGAGAGCAAAUGGCAUGACCAAACCAGGGCUGAUAACUCUGGUAGGAAAAGAUGGUGCAAAGUGGAAAGUGAAUCUUUACGAGGAGAAAUCCGGAAGCUCACUGUGUCUUGGAAAGGGGUGGAAAGAUUUUGCUAAAGCAAACGGGUUAAAGACUGGUGAAUACUUCACCUUGGAGUCAGCAUGGAAAAAUGAAAUUCCUAUGCUCAGCUUGGUCAACACAGAGUCUGCCAGUGACGGAAAGGAGAGAGGAGAGUCUUCAAAAGCCAUGGAGAAAGAGAGAAGUACUGAUACAUCUUCAAUCGUCCAAAACCGAGUAGUGACAUUGGCCCUUGAAACUAAAGAUGUCAAAGCAUGUACAUUGGUAAGUUUAUUAAAACAAUUAUUGCAAAAGAGGUGGAUUAGAAAUUGUAUCUUAAAUUAUAUAUUUUGCAGCAUCUUCCAAGUGAAUUCGUGACAGCUAUUGGCAUCAAGAAGCUUGGAACGAUAACCUUGCUUGGCAAGGAUGGAAUGGAGUGGUGUGGAUGUCUUUUGUCAAGAGAUGGAACCGUGGCUGUUGGAGUUGGUUGGAGAAAUUUCUGUGAGGCUAAUGGUGUAAAGUUAGGUGAUUCAUUCAGCCUAGUAUUCAUUAACGAAGAAGAGGACACAGGUCCGGUAUUCAAGUUCAGUCCCAACUCCGGGAACUGAGAAAAAUUGUUUUAAUUAAAAGCAUUUGAAUUGCCAUUAGUCUUCCCAUCAAACAAAGACUUUUCGUUUGUUAUGUUUUUUUUUUCUUUUCGUUUGUUAUGUUUUUCAGUUCUGAUAAAUAACUAAUAUCGAAAUGGCCAUAUGAUUAUGUAUCUCAUAUUGUUAUGUUUCUCGGUUCUGAUAAAUAACUAAUAUCGAAAUGGCCAUAUGAUUAUAUCUCAUAUAUUUUCAUGAAACUGUGACUCAUGUUAUUGGACAAGCUGUCUCUUGUCCAAGUUUGUUUCUAUUGAACGUUUAGUUCUGAACGUGGUAAACUUUCAUCUUAUCGCAACGUUUCAAGUAAGUUCAAGCAAUUGUCUUUCGUUAAUCAG